GGCGCGGGGCCGGUCCCGGGCGCGCUCCCUCCCCAGCGGCCGCGGUUGCACCGGCGCGGGCAGCGGGGCCGCGGCCCAGGGGCUCGUCCGUCGGCGCCAGCGGGAGGGGGAACGGGCCGCCCCCCGGGCUGCCCCCGGCAUGGGGCGCUGCUGGGGCCGCCCCGUCGGCCGGGCCCGGCGCGCCCCCGGACUCUGCCUGCGGCGCCGCCCGCGGGGCCUGUAGGGGCGGCCGCGCCGCGCCGGGCCGGGGGGAGCGGCGGCAUGAGGAGCCGCUGCGGGCACCGGCAGUGAAUGGGCGUCGCGGCGGAGCGGGAGGAGCCGGAGCCGCUGCCGCGAUGGCUCAGGAGAAAAUGGAGCUGGACCUGGAGCUGCCGCCGGGGAGCGCCGCGGCCCCGAGCGACGGGGGCGGCCUGAGGCGCUCGAACAGCGCCCCGCUCAUCCACGGGCUCAGCGAUAACUCCCAGGUGUUCCAGGCCAGCGUUCUGCGAACCCGCAGGAACAGCACCACAGUGAUGAGUCGCCACAGCCUGUUUGUGCCAUCGUCUCCUCUCCGCAUUCCUAGCAGCCGCCUUCAUCAAAUCAAACAGGAAGAAGGAAUGAAUUUGAUGAACAGAGAAACCGUGCGUGAAAGAGAAGUGCAAGUAGCAAUGCAGAUGAGCCACUCAUGGGAGGAGAGCUUGAGCCUGAGCGACAAUGAUUUUGAUAAAUCAUCAUCACCAAAGCAAGUAGACUUUGUCCCAGUUUCUCCAGCUCCUUCACCUACCAGAGGAAUAGGGAAGCAAUGUUUCUCACCAUCUUUGCAAAGUUUGGUGAGCAGCAGUGGGUUACCUCCAAGUCCCAGCCCAAGUCCAACCAGGCGGUUUUCAAGCAGGAGAAGCCAGAGUCCAAUCAACUGCAUUCGACCAAGUGUUCUUGGGUCAAUCAAAAGGAAAGGUGGAACAGAAAUAGAAGAUCAUCCAAAAAGGUUAUUCCAAGGAUCCACCAACAUGCUUGCCUCUGAAGUGUCUCAUCAGGCAGACCUUGGGGGAUGUCUGUCCUCACAUGCUCUUGAUGACAACAGAAGCAGUGCAGGCUCUUCCUGUGACUCACCAGCUGAAGUUGGCACCAGCACAGACUCUCCAGUCUCACUUCCUGACUCCAGAUCUCCUUUUUUACCAGUAGAUCUUACGGCUAAAUUGCCAAUUAAUUAAGAAGCAGAAGUCUGCUCAUGGACACCAAGGAAAAGACUGGCUAUCAGUAAGACUUCCUAUUGUGUGUAACUGAUUCUGUUCCUCAUAGGAACUUCCAGAAAUGUCAUUAUUUCUAGAAAACUUCCAGAAUAGUUCCUUGAGGAGGAAUUCACAUUUCUAGUGAUUUGUAUGACAUUUACUAAAAUAUAGUAAGCAUUUGAAUUGCAAACAUAAGUGAUGCUAACAGCAGUAAGCAAGCUUGUGGAUUUACAGUGGAGAUGGGCUUCUUGGCCUGAGUUACUAAUAACUGUACAUCUGCUUGUGGAAGACCUGGCUUUCCAACAGCCAGCACACCUUGUCCUCACUAAUAAGAAGUGGUCAUUAUGUAGUGACAGCUUUCACCUCUGUCCUCAGUCUGAAACCAAGGCAGCAGCUUACUAAUUUGUUUUUAUUCCCCAAGUGUUAGAUAUGUAUAUUUUUUGUCCUUCAUAUGAAAGGGGAAGUAUAAAGGGAGGGGGGAACUGAUUCUUGUGUUCUAUUAUGAUUGGCUGUUAAUCAGUUCUGUGUGCUAAUAGACAUCAAAAAAACAAGUUGGUAAAUUGUCAACUUAGAUUUAUAUGUUGGAUUUUAUUCAUGAUCAUGAAUUAUUAAUGGUCAUCACAGAAUUCUCUGAUUCUGUGAUUGUGACUGAACACAAAUUAGGUGUGAAACAUCCUUCUUGGGGUUUGUAUUGUUUUUCUUCCCCAUUUAGAUGAUGUAUCAGAGUGGUAGGUGCUCUGUGAAAGGUCUUUUAAUAGAGGAAAAAUAGUAAUAAUGUUUGGCACAAAGCAUUAAAUGCUGAGGUUUUAGUAUUUAGUAUUUCAGAAGUGCAUAUUUUAACAGACUGUUCUUCUUCAUAUGUGACUUUUGUUGGACAAAUAGAGUGAGGAAUCAGGCUGAGGUGAUCAAACAUAUUUAGUCUCCUGAUGUCACCUCCUCAAACAAUGGCAUCAAGUUAUUUCUGCUGUUGAAAACUUCAGAUGCUGAUGGGAAGUCUAGAUUUUGGUAAUCUGAGAUGUUUCAGGACUCUUGUACUGCCUUUAAAAAGUCAAGGGUUGAGGCAUCCUGGUCUCAACUCGGAAGUUCCCCAAACAGGAGGAGGAACAUGCAGACCCCACCAUAGAUGGCUGGUUUUGGUGUUUGUCUUCUGUUGUGCAGUUGAACUUCCCAGGCUGAGUCCCCACUGGUACCAGUGUGAGUGUGUCUGUACUAUGUGGUUUCAAGCCUUCUCCCCAGAGAGGUUAAUAAUGAAGCAACAUGUUGUAUUUUUAAACACUAAAUCUUUGUAAUGUGUAGUAAAGUGAGAAAAGUAUGGAAACUUCCUCAAGCAGGAGAAGAGCCCUCUCUGAACUCUGCUGUGGAAGAUUCCCAUGGAUGAAGCUUUGAUUGGCAGCAGCCAUCCAGAUCAGACAUGGAUGACUUGGAGUGCAAAGACCUGGGGACCACCAACCAGUUUCCUAUGUCCUUACUGUAGAAAGCAAACAAAAUGUAUUUCAUGGUUUUACUGGGUUCAAGGAAGAGAUGACAUGGUUUGCUUCUGACUUCAUUCCUCUUAACUUCUUGUAAUAGUCAACUUCCUGACUGCAGUUCCUUUUGGAAUUCAGGCUGCCCUUCCUCCCCGUGGCAGAAGGACAAGCUUGUGUUUCAUGUCUGUUUGUCCUGUCUAAUAUGGCAUCAUUUCCUUUUGCAAUUUCAGGUAUGUGCCAAAGAGUUGCUGUGCAUUCACUCUUUUGUGGUGAGGGCAAGACUUUUUCUUUUUUUUUUUUUUUUAAUUCUCAUUUAUUUCUUAAGAAUGAACCUCCUGGUGUCUCUUCCAGUCUUUUUUUUCUAAAGAUGCAUCAGUUAGAGGAGUUUAAUAGUUGUGUGUGAGUAAACUUGUCUCUUUUCUGUUGAAUAUUUAUGCUAUUUUUCAAAGAAGUGCCAAUAAAUGGAAAAAUAAACAUG